CACACUCACAGACGGACAGAGACAGACACACACACGGCUUGUUCCUCAACAGACAGUUAAGUCAUUUAGCAAGCAACACAGAGGACGGUCGACCCCUCACUCAGCUGUUUCCACUCUUGGACAAAAGGUCAAAAAGCGCAGCUAUGGGGAAAGGAUGCAUCACAGUCACCAAGUACUUUCUAUUCCUCUUCAACCUCCUCUUCUUUAUCUUUGGAGCGUUGAUCAUGGGCUUUGGCCUGUGGGUCCUCUUUGAUAACCAGAGCUUCAUUGCUGUUCUACAGGAAUCGUCAGACACAGUGAAGGUGGCUUCUUACAUCCUCAUCGGAGUGGGUUCCUUGUCAAUGGCCAUGGGCUUCUUCGGCUGCAUAGGAGCCAUCUACGAAAUCCGUUGUCUGCUGGGUCUGUACUUCACCUGCCUCCUACUCAUCCUCAUUGCUCAGGUCACUGCAGGAGUUCUCAUCUACUUCCAGAGAGAUCGGUUGAAAUAUGAAAUGUCCAACAUCAUAAAGGGCAUGAUAACCAACUACACUGGCCAGAACAGGACCACAGAGCACACCUGGGACUACAUUCAGAGGACGAUGAAGUGCUGUGGAUGGACUGGUCCAGGCAACUGGUCUGAGAACACUUUGAUCAAGAAUAGCACCGAGAACCUCUACCCAUGUUCCUGUCGCAAUGAGACCUUGCCUGGCACGGACAUCAAGGACGUAGGCCUGUGUAACCACCUGUCCACAGAUGUACCCGUCUAUGAAACGGGCUGUAUAACCAGCGUGGAGAAAUGGCUCCUGGACAACUGUGGAGUUAUUCUGGGAAUCUGUGUCGGUGUGGCAGUUGUGGAGCUCCUCGGGAUGAUCCUCUCCAUGUGUCUGUGCAAGAGUGUCGUCCAGGAGGAUUAUACCAAAGUACCAAAGUACUGAGCUGAAGACAGAGCCAGCUUCACACCUCACACAGAUGGAUGGACUCCUUUCCUCUCUUCCUCCCUCUCUCUCCCUCUCUCUUGCUCUCUCUUUCUCUCCAUGCCUCACAUUGUUAUGAACACACACAAAUUAAGACAGCUGUCUCCACCAUUCGAGCUUCUCCUGCCUUGACAGCUGUGCAGAUUUCUCACGCCCCAUAUGUCACAUACACACACACAAGCACACACACCUCUCAAUCAAGUUUUGACACACUUGUUGGACAAGUCCACAAGUUAUCAUUAUGGUCUUAUUAGAUGUGUUUUUUCAGGAGGCAUUUGUGUUGUUUCUGACAUUUGGUGUAAGCCUGAGAAUUUUGUGGUUUGAUACUAUGCAAAUGUUCAUUUAUGCAUUUAGUUUUUCUCCGCUGACCUCAAUGAAGCGCUUAACAUAGAUAGUAGAGAGAGCACUUUAGUAGUGACAUUUGGUGAGCUGAGAGCAUCCUCUGACUCUGAGGCAUGGAGAUGAGAGGGAGAUGGGAGGGUGUGUGCGUGGUAGACGCUCUCAAGGAUUAAUGCCACUCUGUGAUCCUGCAGCUGGUAUUUUUGGUGCAGAGUGUGGAGGAGAGGCCCAGGGCAGGGCUGCUGUGGUGGAGCUUUUGGCUUCUGUCAUCAGCUCCUUGUACCCGGUAGCCCUGAUAUUAACCUCCGUUUACACCCACCGCCACCACCUCCUCCUCCCUCCAGCUCUCCAUCAUCUGUAACGUCUCUAAAUCAUGUCCUCCUCUCGGGUGUGUCUGACUGGUAACCGGUAGCUUUCCAAAAUGACUAGUUUUGCAUGAAGUAAGUGUGUGUAUGAUGUGUUGAGUGAGUAUUUUAUUUCCUAUUUUAUAUUCUCAUGUCUUCUCUGUUUUUUUUUACAACUGUAUAUAUAUGACUGGUAGGGAUUAUGGCACACCAGUGCUUGGUCAGCGUUUUAUAUGGGAAAGCCGUCACCCACAUGCUCUUGUUUUAAGAGUCAUAUUGUUCUUCGAUUCCUCUCUAUUGUUUAUGAUGUACAGAAUGUGGCUGCCACCGCAGCUCGUCAGCACUAUUUAGGUCUGAAUCAGAGAAGUUGGAGCCCUCAGAGUGAAUCUGUGCUUACUCUUGGAACUAUGUUUUCAUUCCUUCAGCAUAGCAUGAGUUCAUGAACAACCUAUCAUAGCGCCUGCACUGUACAUUUUUAUUUAAACUCCUCACACCUGCCUUCAUUUUGAAAAACCCUGUUUUUUUACCAUCAUAGCAGCUGUGCGACCACAACGGAUUUUCCCUUCUCUGCACAAUUGUUUGUUUUCCCCAGAAGUCAUUUUGCUUGGUUUUCAUAUUAUCGGUAACAAGAGCAGAGAAAAACGCUGGAAGCUGGCAUUGAUUGCAUAUUUUAGAGGCCGCGAUGACCAGAAAAUGUUCGUCAACUCAUGCUGCCUUUGCUUAAAAAGACAUUGCUUUGAGUUUCCUCAUGCCACUUCUCGUCAUCUCAGUUCUUCCACUUAAUUUCAAACACACUAUUGUUGCUGAAUUCAUGGUUGAUUUAGUGUAUAGAUUGCACUUUUAUGUGAUUAAUGUCUCGCAUGAGUCAUUUCAAAUCAUGUGCAUCAUGCUGUAAUGACACAAGAGGGCAGAAAGUGUCCAGUAAAGAAAAAAAAGAACAAUUGUAGCUGUUAGAGUUACUGUCAGCCUUUAUUUUAUGACCUGCCAAAUUUAAAAAAAUAAUAAUAAUUUAUCUUAAUAAGAGAUGAAGGCUUUUUUUAUUGUGUUUAAGAUGUUUUUACACUUUUACAAAAAAAGAUUCUGUUUAGUAGAAGAAAUAUUUUACGUCAUGUUUAAAAACAAAUGUUUCUUUUUGUUAUUGAGAACUAUUAAUAAACCUGAACCCACUAGAAUCUGUUGAGCAUUUCUAUCUUUUUGUGUUUUUUAAACCCAAGUUAAACAGUGCUAACAGAACUUGACAUGUAGACUUAGAUUUUGUUGGGUGGGUUAGUUUGAUCGACUGUUGUCUUACCUAAAGUAGCCAGAAGAUGGCAGUAUAUAUUAAACAGUGUUACAGAUCAGACAGAAAUAUAUUUGAAUAAGAUGAGCAGAAUUAGUAUGUUAUGGUGCUUUAAGUGUAAAAGGAAAGAUUCAUUAUCAGUGGAUUCAUUAUGUUAUAAAAAAGCUGAUUUGUAGAAGCUGCAGGUUUAAUUAGUUUAAUGCAGAUUCUUGAGAAACCACUUAUUUCACUACCUCCCAGCUCUACAUCUCUCAGCUAAUUCAUUUCUCUUUUUUAUUAUUAUUUCCCAAUUUAGCCUUUGUAUUUUCUUGUUAAUUUAGUCUGACUACCUGGUGGCUUAACAGAACAAAGAGCUCCACUUCCUUUCAUUUCAGUAUGAUAACGGGAUUUUUACAAAAGACCCCCUCUCGAUAAGUGCAGUGACUCUUAUCAAGGAAAGGAAGCCGCGUGAUGUCAUGUCAUGCCAAGAGUUAAUACCUCACCACUGACUCACCAGUGCUGCCUUUUAAGCAAAAUAAUGCAAUCACAGCAGCGACCCUGCUGCUCUAAUCCACUAUUGUCUAGGACACUUAACCUCGGUAUAAUGAGUACAGCUUAGUGCUCUCUCUGGAGACUGUUUUCACGAAACUAGACAGAAACGCAUCUCAUCAGGGAGCUUCGUCCACACUGCCAAACAUCAACUUCUCAUUAAUAACACCAUGUUAGACUUUAGAACAACUGUGGGCUACAUGGAGGAAAAAAACAUGGAGAGUGUCCAUAAAGUGGAUUAAAAGUGUUAUUGGACGAAAGAAAGGAUCUUCAUCAGGCGAUAGGACAUGACAAGGAACAAAGGGAAUAAUUUUGGCACAAAACUGAUCACAUCUUGUUGACAUUAUAGUCACAUAAUAGUCAGCAGCACUUGCAGACAAUCCUCCAAAACAUCUAAAUAGCUACAAAAUCAUACAUUAUUCUUGCAAUUGAGAAUUGAGGGGAAACGUGCUUGAAAAAUGUUCAAGUGGCGAUUUUCAAUAUAGCUUACUGUUCUCUGUCUAUAUAGAUUUGUCAACCCUAUUCUUACUGCAUCAUUGUUUCAGCAAGUAAUUUACCCAAUAAAAUGUUUCAGUUAUUCACAG